UGUGUCGCCCUCAACGUUGCCGUGCCUCUGUCGGAGAGGCUACUCCGAGCAUUGCUGAUCGCGUUAUCAUUACGACUAACAACAGCAGCAGCGGUAGUAGUAGCAUUGCUUUACAAUAGCCCCCCAGUAGUCGAUGCAGAGUUUGUAGAACAGUUAGCAGAGCAAAUCAGUCAACCGCAACUCUCCGUAUAUAAAUGUUAAACAGUAGAAUUACAUCAUAUGACAACCGUACCAUCCAACUUGUGCGCUUUAAUACCAACGCAGAGCUCAACAAACCCAAAUCAAAAUUGAGAAUAAUCUGACCUAAAUAAACCGACCAAGUGCAAAAUAGCCUCAUCAGUAACUGUCACUUAACAAACAAAAACCGAAAACCCCACGCGUAUUAAAGCGACGCUAUUUAAUAGAAAGAGAAGCGGCAAGAGCAGCAGCAGCGGCAGCGGCAGCAGCAGCAGAAGGCGGCGUUGUGCGUAGUAGCUAAACAAUGCUGCCCAUGGGAGUCCCAAUCACCUGGACUCGCAUGGCACUGCUAGUCUUGUGCGCCAUGGCCCCUAACCGAGCGGGCAGCCCCUGGGCUGCUACCGCCGCCGCCGCUGCUGCCACAUCGGCCGCCGGCGGUGGUGGCGGCGGUGGCGGUGGUGGUGGUGGCUCGGGGCUGGUUCACUGCGAGCCGUGCGACGAGAAAGCCCUCGCUCAGUGCGACCCGCCGCGGGGCUGCGAGCUGGUGCGUGAGCCGGGCUGCGGCUGCUGCCGGACCUGCGCGCUGCUGGACGGGCAGGCGUGCGGCGUGUACACGGAGCGCUGCGGCUCGGGGCUGCAUUGCUCGCCGCGACCCGGGGAGGAGAGGCCCCUCCAAGCGCUGCUCGAGGGCUCCGGGGUGUGCAGAUCGCGCCAGCAUCCCCAUCAUCACCACCAUCAGCAGCAGCAGCAGCUGCUGCAGCACUCGCCGCUGCAGUCGAACGCAGACGCUGGCGACGCGAGGGACGAUCCCUCCCCCGCCGGGCAGGCGGAGGAGGCCCCCGCCGGCGAACCCGCGGAUUCCCCCGUCGUGCAGCCAGGGCCCAGCCGCCAGCGCCCGGCGCAUAGUCACCACCGCUCGAAGAAGGAGCGCUACCGCGUGCUGGCGGAGAACACGGCCAUGAACGUGCACUCGGCCGAGGCGAAGCAGGACACCGAAUACGGCCCGUGCAAAAGAAGGAUGGAAGGCGUCAUCAAGCUGUUUAAAGAAACGACUUUGCUCAACCCCAAAGGCAUCUACAUCCCGAACUGCGACCGCAAGGGCUUUUACAAAAGAAAGCAGUGCAACCCGUCGAAGGGCCGCAAGCGAGGCCUCUGCUGGUGCGUCGACCGCUACGGUGCCCACAUCCCGGGCUCGGAGCACGUGGGCGGCAGCCAGAAAUGCCUGGGCGUCGUCGAGAGGGACUGAAGAGAAGGAGUGAGGAGGAGGAGGUGACGAUGACAACGGCGGUGGUGGCAGUGGUGGUGGUAGUUGUUGUGAAAGUCUUCGGGGGGGGGGGGGGCGGGAGGGGGCACACACAAGGACAGUUGUUCAAAUGUAGAGAGCAGGAGAGACUGAGGAGCCGGUUUUGGUCGAUUGAGCCUCAAAUGAAAAGAAUGGUUCAGCUUCACACCGGCGCCCUCGACCGCACUACGCUACUUUGGUGUCAGCAGGUGCAUUUUGGCUUGACUUUUGUUGACUCUUUUAUUUCCUUGCAGCAGCAUUGCCUUCACACCCCCCCUCUCUCUCUCUCUCUUUGCUGGAGUCGAUCAGCUCUACAUUUGGUGCGCGACAAUUUCGUUAAUCCAUCGGUCGGGACGCUCGAUUGACGAGACGCGAUUCGAAACGAAUUGAAGUGAUGUUUGAGGCUCACAAUGGCCGUGUCAGUGCAUUGAGCCAGCGCUGCUGUGAUAUUUGAUUCGAAUCUGAGCAACAUCCAGUGAUCAUAAUUAAAGUUUUCUAGUCUCGUGAAGUGAUGGUAAGAGCUGGUCACUGAAGACUGCACAAAAACCGAUUGUAAAAAAUUGUGUUUUUGUUGUGUUGAUUUAGCAUAGCCCAGAAUUGCCUGCUAACAUGUUCAAAUACAUCAUAAGCUGUCGUUGUGUAAUGGUUAACACGCUGGACAGAGGUCGCCGGUUCAAUCUCCCGGAGUGGCAGCUUGAAAGUUGUUUUUUUAAAUCCUGUCCACCCAGUAGCAUAAACGGGUACUCCUACGGUUAGUCCAUCAGUAGGUCAGGUGGGGUGGGGUAAAGUGUGGGUACUCUCACCUCUUCUAUGAGGUGUGGUCAGCGUGGAAGAUUAGGCCAAAAUACCCUCCAGGGGGGCUCUCAAGAGCUUCCUCAAGUGGAGGCCCUUCUACCAGCAGGGCAGUGAGAAAGUAAUUUCAAGGCCUGCACUUCACCUUUUUGCUGUAUCAGGUGAUUGAUUGCACGUGAAGCAACCCUGUUGCAGAGCGCGAAUGAGCGCCAUCUGUGAGUGGAUACGAGGCAGGGGGAGGCCAAUCGGAGUGGCACCAGACGAGUUCAUCGGCUGCAUCUCCCAGGGCCCGCUCUCCGAAAUGACGCAAUGCUCCCUGCUGACUGCAGGAAUUCCAGGGGGGACAGGUCUUCCUUACUUCCACGACACACUUCUCAUGAGUUACGAUGCAACUGGUGAAAAAUAAGGAAAUGAAUGGCAGCCUCAAAUGUAGCCACUGACAGCCGAGGGGUUUGGAAGAUCAGCAUUUUGGAAGUUGAACGUCUUUAUGACAUUUGGAGAGCGAAGGGUUAGGAGAGAAUUCAGUGUAGUUUACAGAGACGCUGUUUCUUGAGUAAACCUACAAUGCGUGCCAUAACUCAGACACAACCUGUGCCACGCUAGGUUGUCCUUCUAUCCUCUGCAAUGCAACGGUGGGCAAAUACGCCGAGCGCUGCGAUGAUAUUUUUUGGUGGAUCUCAACGGGCUCCACGAUCCUCCACUGAGCUCUAAGAUCGACAGCUGCCGCUGGAGAGUAUGGCAAAGAAGUAGCGCCAUCUAUCGGUAUAAAUAAAACAUAAUUGUUUCAUGUCUGUAUUCUUGAGUCGGGGGGGCAAUUUUUUUUAUUUGCCAUCGGCCGGAACAAGAAUUGUUGUACCCUCGUCAGUGCCGGAUUAAGCUGGUGCGGGGCCUGUAGCAUAUGUUGUAAAUGGGCCCUAAAUAAAAUAAAACACAAAUAUUAAAACACAAUGUUUUUACUUGCACAGUAAAGUAAUUGUGUUUUUUUUUAUUUGCUAUACAGCCAGAUAAUACGACGAAUCGCUCACCUUAAGCACCCAGUUGUUUAUAAAAGUUGGAGGCAGUAUAUUACUAUAGUAAUAGAGCUAGUGCAGAACCACUGAACCGGAAUUGAUAGCUUGAAAGCAUUUAGCGCGGCGCCCUUGAAAGCGCGGGUCCCGUAGCAUCAUAUGCAGCUACUUUUGCCCCUAGGAUAUUCCGGCACUGACCCUCGUGUGAGUAUUUGUUCCGAGUUCCACGACAAAUAAUUUCGCGGACAACGUAUUGGCCACCACCGCUGCAAUGCUCGUCACUCCGCAGGUAUCCUUGCGAUUCGGCACUUGCAUUUGUACAUUACCAACACGGUUCCAUUGUGACGGUCUAUAUCCACGGUAAGCGUUACCACUGCUGUUAAUACACACAGAGAACGUCACUUAUAGGCUCUACCGCUUUGGGUCUCUGUGGCAAAUCGAUUGCUUUUUUCAAAAGUCAAGUCAAAGUGUCCCUCUGCUCAGUGGAGCAUUGGACAGCGCACAUUGCCAUUGACAGCUCUGAGCUCAUGGUGGCAAUUCCACAUUGCCACGAUACGGGAGAGUCUCUCCACAGGGCAGUCGCUGUUGACUCCCAACGACAGGAUUCAUGUGAACGAUGGGCUUAGCUCACUCCCAAACCGGAUUUGAAUUUGCAACUAUUAAAGAGUGUAAAGUUGAAUGCUUUUAAGCAGAGUGAAUCACGUUUCACCACCACUCCUCCCACCUUGCCGUCAAGUCCUUACAGUCAUUAUCAGACUGUAGAACUUUGGCUUAAUGAUAAAUGGGGGGGGGGGGGGGUGCAUUAUAUUAUUAAUAACUAAAGGGGGGCAGGGCGGGGGGGUAUUGGAGCUAUGGGGCAGAAAGGCUAAGAGUGGGAUGAAGGGAGAGUGUGUUUGCGGCAUAAUCGCUGAGAUGGAUCUGACGCGGAUCGCUCACGCAGAGUGCAUAGGUCCGAGAUUAUUAGGAGCGCCUUUUAGCAUUUCACGAUAAUGCGCAGAAACACUAUUUCUAAGUCAAUCUACAAUAUUAUUAAUGUUAUUAAUUGAUGCAAAAAAUAUUUUUUACAAGCCGCUGCUGUUUGAGUAGUGGUGCUGGUUCGAAAGAGGCUUGCAUGAACCUGCACAUUGUGUUUUUUUAUAUUAUAUUUUGACAAUGAUGUGCAAAAUGCGGAUAUAGUAUUUCCACAUUGUUGUAGUGUCUAUAAUGUUGUUUUAAAAAAUCGCGGACUUUUUUUUAUCACGAUUAACCCAAGUUCCACACUCUCCACCUGUCUCAAACGUUGUACCACAAAGUGCUAUUUUAUUUUGCUGUUGUUGAGUUAUCCAUUGAAGAUUAUUCUUGACGGCUGUGCUAUGGCAUAGAUGCUUUCGCAUAUAACAGAGGAAGCGUCCCUGCAGUGUUUUGAAUAGCAAGGCAUUAGGCCCCUAUACUCGUCGCCUUGCUUCGGCUGGCGUCCUUCCUUACCAUUUAGGUUGUGGUAAAAGACACGAGCUGGAUUACGAGGCCUGGAUAAUGCUUAUGUUAACACAGUGCAAAUAUCUCCAUGCUUAAUUGGCCGUCGGGUGAUGCUCAUCUCCAUCAAGUGGCCCCCGAUCUCUAGCAGUGGGACUUGUACAUUACUAUGGCCGGGGCCAGUAUAUCCACAGAACAAACACUUGUUGGCUUCCCAUAAAGUGCGACUUUUUUAUCGACCCUGGAGGGACGAUGGUGGGCUGAGUUGACCCAUCGAGUGGGAUGCGAGCUUGCAACCUUCCAAUUGAGUCAACCCGGCUGGGAUAACGUUAUUUAGCCACUGGCUGUAAAACACAGGACGACAGGAGAGAGAGGUGUUGCGUUAGGAUGUGGAUCGAAUGCCACUGCACGUUAUAGUUUGCAUCUGGUUGCAAACAAUUAAUAAGGCGCAUGUUUAAUUGUGAUGAACACGAUCGUUAUGUUUUGCAUUUUUUUUUAACCAAUAUGAACGAUGUAAAAUAUGUCCAAUAAAACCCGUUUCUCUUUUUGAUCAAA